GUGCGUAUAAUAUUCCGUACAAGGAAGUCAUGGGGUGUACACAUCAAAUUUUUGAAAAAAUACAAAAGAAGUAUGGUGACAUGAAAGGAGAACUAAUUCUUGUUGAUAUGGUCAAGGGGUCCAAUAAAUUAGGCCUUAGCUUAGCUGGCAAUAAAGAUCGCACAAAAAUGAGUGUCUUUGUCUGUGGAAUGCAUCCCAAUGGUAUGGCAAUCAAGGAUGGACGUAUCAAAAUUGGAGAUGAGCUUCUGGAGGUGAAUGGUGUAGUAGUGUAUGGAAGAUGUCAUCUAAAUGCAUCAGCCAUGAUAAAAAGCUUGUCUGGUACAGCUUAUAAAAUAUUACUUUUAAGGAGGGAGGGUGCUAUUGAUGAAAUGGCUGUCAAACCUCUAACUCAGUUUCCUUCAGAACUUGAUGAAGAG